GCAAAUCGACAUUACUAUCGUUGCUUGCAUUUCACACGCCUUGUUGUUACUUGCUUCAAUUGUCUUUAGUUUAGGCUUUCGGGUUUGCAUUGCAUUGCAUCACAUCACAUUACAUCACAUUAAUCAGCAUUUCAACAUGAAGUCCGCAGUUAUCGCCUCCGCCCUUGUGGGUAUUGCCUUGGCCGCUCCCCAGGGUGUCACCGACAAGAUCUCCCCUGAUGGCGGUAUCCCUUCUGGCUGCUCGGCAGCUUUCGAUGGAAACUUCGAGAUCACCGUCGCCCAGGUCACAUACCAGAAGAGGGACAUUCAGAAGCGUGCUGAGUGUGGUGCCAACGGUGUCCUCGUUCUCUCCCUCAAGGACGAGUCCCUCUACGACUCCAAGGACCGUACUGGUUACAUCGCUUCCAACUCCCAGUUCCAAUUCGACGGCCCUCCCCAGGCCGGUGCUGUGUACACCAGUGGUUUCUCUCUCUGUGAGGACAACCUCUUGUCUCUAGGUCAGAACAAGACCUUCUACCGCUGCUUGUCUGGUGACUUCUACAACCUUUACAACGAGAACUGGGCGCCUCAGUGCGAGGCUGUCAACAUUCUCGCAAUCCCAUGUGGCUCCGAGAAUUCUGCCACUCAACUCGGUGAUGGUCAGGUUGUUGGUACCACUGUCGUUCAGACCACCAUCAUUACCGCUCUUCCUGAUGGUCAACCUCAGGUUAUCACCACUUCGGUUCCUGUGCCCGUUACUUCUUACUACCCGACCAGUGCCCCGGUGAGCCAGAUCAGCGACGGUCAGAUUCAGGUGCCACCUCCUCAGACAGCCACCUCAGUUGCUACCGCUUCAGUCACGACGUAUCCUACUGUCGUACCCACCGAGACUGGCACUGUCUCUCUGCCUACCGAGAGUGCUCCUGUGUCCAGUGGUGCCUCGAGUGCUGCCCCAACCAGCUCCAGCCCCGCGACCGCCUCCAGCGCCUCUGCUUCCCCUAGCGUCACGAAGAGCGCCAGUGUCUCGUCAAGCGCCGUUGUCAGCUCAUCUGCCGCUGGUACAAGCUCUACUGCCGCUGCCACGACCUCGGCUCCUGCCUCUAGCGGUGCCUCCGCCGUCACUGGAUCAAUCUCGGCUCUCAUUGUCGCCGUCGUCGCAUUUGCCUGUUUGUAAUGUGCCAAUUUAAAGAAAAGUU